CGCGGAACUGAACGCCCAUCACGUUGCGCACAUGGAUCGGGUCGAGGUGACUACGCCACACCCAGCUGAACGAAGCGGAGUUCCUGUGCUGGAGGAACAGCUUGUGUAACAGCUGUAUCAGCCAGUGGCACCAACCGGUUGCGCCAGCACCGUCCCCACGUUGAAAUGUCCUGAACGCAGAGGAGGCGGCGCAUACAGCGGCCUCUCAGCGCGACAGGGGCCGAGAAGAACUUCAGGAUAUUCAGGACACAGUUUGCGGGGCAGCAGCGGCGUUUGCAUGCUCGUGUUUUUGCCGUAGCCACUUCUCGGAGGAAUGAGAGGCGUAUGUUUGGGGCUUAAGAUGGGAUUGUUUUUGCACGCCGUGGGCUCUGUCACCCCCACCGAGUCCGCAGCAGACAGGAGUCUGCUGCACUGUGAGGGUGUUAACAACCAGAGCUACAUCUGUGAGUCUGGACACUGCUGUGGAGAGUCUCAGUGCUGCAGCUACUACUAUGAGCUCUGGUGGUUUUGGUUGGUGUGGGCGAUCAUCUUCAUUUUGAGCUGCUGCUGCAUUUGUCACCAUCGACGUACCAAACAUCGGCUCCAGCAGCAACAACGACAGCACGAGAUCAACCUCAUCGCUUACCGUGAAGCGCACAACUACCCCUCUGUGCCCUUUUACUUCAGGUUUCUACCAAACUACCUCCUGCCGGACUAUGAAGAAGUGGUCAACAGGCCACCAACUCCCCCACCUCCCUACAGUGCCUUACAUACAGGCCCAUCCUCAGUGGCCACUAGUCCACUGGCUCCUGAGCAGCAGGAAGGACACUGUCCAGCCAUCCAGUCCUCUCCAGUGCCCCCAAUCUCUGACAGUCUGUGUUGCAGACCCAGUAUAGAGGACCCACAACCUCCCACAUUAGACUUCAGGCCAAAGCCUGACAACAAGCCCUUGCAAACAGCACAAGAUUCAGGCAGGAUACUGCUGUCUGAUGGGCUCAAUAGAGAGGAACUCACCAGCCAGGAGAAAAGAAGUGGGGAUGAAUCCUGCAAGGACCCCCUGCUGAAGGAUCUCAGCCUGUCGGAGGGUUGCGCUGAGGACAAAGAACGGCUUCCCAAUGGAAGGAGGAGGCGAUUCACAGGGGACUCCGGGAUUGAGGUGUGUGUUUGCGGCACACGUGGGAGCGGCGGCUGCAGUGGAGGUGGAGGGACAAACCAGGAAGGCAAGGAGCUGAGGGAACUGGAGAGCCUGCUGGGGCGCGAGGUGGAUGACGACGAGGAAGAGGAGGUGGGCGACUGCUGCGACAGCUGCGGUCAUCGGGCCUCCUUCGGUGUGGAGGAGGAGCAGGCACCGGGCGGGCCGGAGAGACGGGCCAGACGUGGGUCAACAGGAACUCCGCUCCAUCCUCCAGUGUGCCUCCUCCUCCACACCAUCAACGAGCAGGAGGGAUCGGGCCACAGCACCAGCACUGAGCCACAGGGCUGAAACACAUCCGACACAGAGGGAAGGAGAGCACUUCACUGCUUUUGUAUCAGAGCAGGAUUUUCAUGCCUGAAUGCUUUUUAAGUGAGUAUUUUUUUUUAAUGAAUGUGCGGAUCUUAGAUAAAACAGGUGUGGAAGCUGCAAUUGAGAUCUCUGCUAAAAAUCAUUUCUGAGAUCCCAAGGCUAAGAAAGCCUGCUCCUCCCAACACUAGAACAGUGGCCUUAACCUGUGUAUUUUGGGUUAUAUGUUGGCAGUACGAGCCCUUUAACACCCUGUGGCAAUUGAGACUACUCACACUACACACACACAGAUACAGUCCUUCAGUUGUCCUUCUCGUGCAACACAAACUACUGACGGUCAAAGACUCGAUAGCCGAAGCUGUGACAUCAGGACAGGACCUUCACUGCCUCGGAUAGAUGCAGCUCUCCUCGCCAGGUGCUCGCAACAGUCCUGCAAAGCCGUUCUCAGCAGACAGUGAACUACGUAGUAAAAUAACACACACAGCAGAAACAUUUCGGAUGGGUGCAAUGUGGAAUUCCCACAUACUGGUGUGUGCUUAUGCAAACUGAUCUUGUACAGGGACAUCAGAACAAGACUGUGGGACGUGCUGUCAGACUCGUGCAUCGAAAGUGCUUUUUCAGCAAUUUAAAACCGCUCUGCCUUGUGUCUGUUUGUGUUGCUCUAUCAGGCCCGCUAGUGGGAGGGAAGUAGAAGUGCAUUAACAGAUCUUCAUGUGAGCAGUUACUAUUUUGCACAAAACUGUAUUUAUCUUUAUAUGUAAAGCUAUUAACGGGGUAAAAAAAAAAAUCAAAACAAAAUACUUAGUUUUUUAUUGAUUUAGUCUUAAAUUGCAGCACAUGAUUAGUUUCUUGCAGUUUCGUUGCAACAUUUGUAACAAAUGAACCUCUGUGAAUUGUCAGUAGGGAAUGCAACAGAUUUACUUUGUAUACAAUCAUUUUUAAACUUAAUUUGUUGAAUUUUUGUAGAAUGUGCCUACUCAAAAGAAAGCAGAAUUUUGAUGAGCAAUUAUAAGCUUCAAUGAAACUGAGAGACCCUGAGAAAGCAGGUACCAAAAACAAGACAAGAAUGUUAAGCUUCAUAGAGAUUAUACUGGAGAUGGGCAACGUCAGACCUCAAACUUUUGUGCCAGUCACUUCGAUAGAUCACCACCUUCACCAGCUUUACAGUACAAAAUCAUAAGUGGUUAGUUUUGGUCUUUCAUUCUACAGCUUUGGAGUUCAUUCAUUAACCAUUUAUAACAUCCUCUUUUAGGAGUCCAUUAAGGCUGAUUUCAGUCAAUCGGACUUGUUCGAUUUCAGUCAAACUAUGACUUGCUAACUGAAUUUAACAAGCAGUUUGUUCUUCCAGUCAUCUGCAUUUGUGUUGUCUUAUCUCAGAGGGGAAAGUACUACUUUUAGGAAGAAAAAAAACGUUUUGUAGAUGUGUGUUGUUUUUCUCACCAUUGAAGGAACACUGUUCUCUUACCAACUUCAUAUAAAGGUGAUCACAAGCAUAAUGGCUAUGACUGUGGAGCAGAUAGAGUUUGAUUUGUAAUACAAGUAAUCAAGUGGGGUAGUUUUAGGAUAAAAAUCACUGCAGUUGUAGCAAAAACAAGGAAAGUAGUUUAAAAUAAGAGUUGGAGAGUUGCCAGGGAUCAUUCUUAGGCCCACUUCUCCCUCUUGGUCCUUCUUUCUGCCUUUCCAUCUCCAAAAGAAAUGGGACACCUUUACCUACGCAACAAAAGUGAGUGUUAUGGCAAAGUGGGGAGGAUUGGGGUUGGACCUUAAUAUCUGAAUAUCUACCACAAACAAGGGUUUGCACAGCAGGAUGUUGCGGAGUUGUUUUUCUUUUCUCUGUGAUGGACAAUAAAAUUCUUGGCACAGGAUGCGAUUAAAAGUACAACUUAACAAGCAAUAUGUAUAAUAAUAUGAUAUAUAGGUAUCUGCAGAUAGAAAACAAAGACCAUAAAAAGAAAAACAAUCAAAAAUCAAAGAAGUGACUUCAUAAAUGCACCUCCUCUUGUAGACUCGUCGGUUUAAAAUGCCAUCUCAACUGUUGUGAGAUCCUAAUCUGUGCAGCAGCUGUGAUACAGUAGAUGUCCACUGGUGAUGAAUGUGCCACUCAUGAUGCUGUAUGAUGAGCGUUCUGUGUGCAACUUUUACAAAUUGUCUUAGGAGAGAGAAAUUACGUUUUAUCAGACUUUCCUUAGAGCUCCUGCAAAAAUGCUAACAUUGCAAAGCACAAACAUUUCAGCCACGGGUCUCACAGGUUUAUAUAUAUUAAAAAAAAAAAAUCCACACCCUGUAAGCAUCUAGCAGAAGAUUGUUUCCCAGAAUUUCCAGCACAAGCAAAAGCUUAAUGUGAACUUUCUGCAUUACCAGUAAGCUAAUAGAAUUGUACCCAUCGAAGCCUGAAAACACUCUAAAGUGCUUUAUAUGUUAGUGCUUUUUGUGAACUAGAAAGUGUAAUUGUGGUACAUGUAGUACAAAGAUGAGCUAUUUUUCAUAUCGACUGAAUCCUUUAAAAAUUAAAAAAAGGAACUGAAUGAAAUCUCCAAACCACUUUAUAUUUGCAGAAUGUGUACAAUAUUAUGUAACUUGUUUGUGAACCAAAUAGUCGCUUUCAUAAUUUUUAUGAAAUCAUUAGCUUUAUUUGUUACGGACAGAUUCUUUUUUUUUCAUUAUGGGUAUUAUUUUGUUUCUGUUGAGUAAAGAUUUAACUUCUGUUGAGACUUUAACUGAAGUUGUGUGAAGGGUACAUUUGACUAACUAUACAGUAGGUAAUUUGUUAAUAAGAUCAGGGGCAUCUUGCCAAAGACAUUUUUCUUUCUUCAUAAGCGUGUGUGGUUUUGCACAUAUUCUUUGAAUGUUCUGAUCGUAAGCCAUUUAUUACAGCUAAGAUGAAUGUAUGUUCAAUAAACAUACUAAAUCCAAGGUGA